UACGUUAAAAAUAAUAUCUAUUUUCUAACCUAUAAGAAUUAUAUUUAUUUUGUAACUAUUUUAUAAUGUUUUUGUGCUAUUUUAUUAUGAAAUAUGCUAAGUACACGAAAUCAUAAUAACAAAUUGUUUUGUUUGCAGUUGUAGGUAGCAUAUAAACAAUAUUAUAAAUCACAGAUUUUUCCAUAAUUACAACUUCUGUUAUCAAAAGUUGAGAUAAAAGUUAAAUCUUGUUAAACCUUAUCACUUAAACAAGCAGAAACAACUAUAUAAGAAUAACGAAUUCAUUGUUGCCGAGUGUAUUUGCGUAAUAACUGUAAAUAUAAAUUAAAAAUGGCUAAAUCUGUUAUUGGUGAUCUGAUACAAAUAUUUAGAAGCAGUGUUUCAGCAGUACUGCCAGAGAAUAUGAUACGCAACACUCUAACCUACAACGCUGGUAGUCAACAGUUAACUAUAUCGGGUGAUGUUUAUAACUUACAGAACAAAAAUGUUUAUGUUGUUGGCACUGGUAAAGCAGUACAAAACAUGGCCAGAGAAGUUGAUAGCUUGUUAAACAGUAAAAUUAAAUAUGGAAUCAUCAGCAUCCCUGAAGGAAGUUUAGAUAAAAAUACCACAAUGGGUAAUGUUAAAUAUUUUGAAGGAGCUAGAAACAACUUACCAGAUGUCAAUGCAGUAAAAACAGCUGUAAAAAUCAAAGACCUUGCCUUAAAACUAGACAGUAAGGACUUAUUACUGGUUCUAAUAUCUGGAGGAGGAUCAGCACUAUUACCUCUGCCAAAAGAUCCUAUAAAAUUAGAAGAAAAAACAGAUUUGAUUAAAAAACUGGCAAAUUCAGGAGCCGAUAUAAAAGAAUUGAAUACAGUUAGAAAAAGGCUUUCUGAUUUAAAAGGUGGACAGCUAGCUAUUAAAGCUCAGCCAGCACAAGUUGUCUCACUGAUUCUAUCUGAUAUAGUGGGAGAUCCUUUAGAUUUGAUUGCAAGUGGUCCCACAGUAGCAAAUGAAGAUGAUAUUUCCAAGGCUAUUAAUAUAAUAAACAAAUAUAGUUUGUUUGAUGAUUUACCAGAAUCUAUUAAAACCGUUUUAAAUAAAAAUUCUGAUGAUCUAUUUCCAGAAGAUAAUGUUAGGAACUACAUCAUUGGAUCUAAUAAGAUAAGCAUAGAAGCAGCUUCAUAUAAAUGCCAAAAGUUGGAUUAUAUACCAAUUGUUCUUUCUAAUACAAUUACUGGAAAUGUUAAAGAUGUAGCUAAAACAUAUGCAGAAUUAGUAAAAUUAUUUGUGAAUUACUUAAAAGGAAAUUUUAAUGUGAAUCAAUUAAAAGUUAAACUAGAUACUAUUAAUAUACCAGAUAUGGCUGCAGAUGAUGUAAAUAAAAUAAAUGACACAAGUAAGGAUAUAUGUCUUAUACUUGGAGGGGAAAUAACUGUAGAAGUAAAUGGUUCAGGAAAAGGUGGAAGAAAUCAGCAACUUGCUUUAGAAUUUUCUGACUUAAUACAUAAAAUGAAAAAAGAUAUGAAGAACUUUGAUGUGUAUCUAUUAAGUGCUGGCACAGAUGGCAUUGAUGGUCCUACAGAUGCAGCUGGUGCUAUAGGAUAUCUAAAUCUAAUAACUGAGUCUGAAGCAAGUAAUGUAGAUGUUAAUUCGUUUCUGAAAAACAAUGAUACAUACAAUUUUUACAAGACAUUUAAAAAUGGUAGUCUACAUGUGAUUACUGGGCAUACAAACACUAAUGUAAUGGAUAUACACUUGAUCAUAAUCAAGAGAUGUUAAAUAUACACAUAUAUUUAAAAAAUAUAUUUAAUUUCCUUAUUUUGUUGCUACAUUUGUAAUAUUUUCUAUAGUAAAUACACUAGUUUAUACUAUGACAAUAAUACAAUAAUUAGUAUAACUUAGAAUUGAAUUUAAACAACUUAUGAUGAAGGUUUCAAAAAUAAAUUUAACUUAUUGUCUCCA